GCCGGCUUCGACCUCGGCCAGGCUCCGCUCCUCCGGCGCGUGAGGGGCCUCGGUGGUUGCGGCGCCGGCGCCCGGCAUGUAUCAGAGCCCGCGGCGGCUCUGCUCCGCCCUGCUGCAGAGAGACGCGUCCGGCCUGCGCCGCUUGCCCACCCCCGGGCUGCGCCGCCAGUCGCCUCCGCCGGCGGCCGCCCCCCGGCCUGCGUCCCCCCGGCUCCUGGCGGCGGCCUCAGCGGCCUCGGGCGCCGCGCGGUCGUGUUCCCGAACAGUGUGUUCCAUGGGAAACGGUACGAGCAGACUCUAUAGUGCUCUCGCCAAGGCACUGAACAGCAGUGCUGCCUCCCAGCACCCAGAAUAUUUGGUGUCACCUGACCCAGAACAUCUGGAGCCCAUUGAUCCUAAAGAACUCCUCGAGGAAUGCAGGGCUGUCCUGCACACUCGACCUCCCCGGUUCCAGAGGGAUUUUGUGGAUCUGAGGACAGAUUGCCCCAGUAGCCACCCACCUAUUCGGGUCAUGCAAUGGAACAUCCUCGCCCAAGCUCUUGGAGAAGGAAAAGACAACUUUGUACAAUGCCCUGUAGAAGCACUCAAGUGGGAAGAAAGGAAAUGUCUCAUCCUAGAAGAAAUCCUAGCCUACCAGCCCGAUAUAUUGUGCCUCCAAGAGGUGGACCACUAUUUUGACACCUUCCAACCACUCCUCAGUAGAUUGGGCUAUCAAGGCACGUUUUUCCCAAAGCCCUGGUCACCUUGUCUAGAUGUAGAACACAACAAUGGACCAGAUGGCUGUGCCUUGUUUUUCCUCCAGAACCGAUUCAAGCUAGUCAACAGUGCCAAUAUUAGGCUGACAGCCAUGACAUUGAAAACCAAUCAGGUGGCCAUUGCACAAACUCUAGAAUGCAAGGAGUCCAGUCGACAGUUCUGUAUUGCUGUCACCCACUUAAAAGCACGUACUGGUUGGGAACGAUUUCGCUCAGCUCAAGGCUGUGACCUCCUCCAGAACCUGCAGAACAUCACUCAAGGAGCCAAGAUUCCCCUUAUUGUUUGUGGGGACUUCAAUGCAGAGCCAACAGAGGAGGUCUACAAACACUUCGCUUCCUCCAGCCUCAACCUGAACAGUGCGUACAAGCUGCUGAGCCCUGAUGGGCAGUCAGAACCCCCAUAUACGACCUGGAAGAUCCGGACGUCAGGGGAAUGCCGGCACACACUGGAUUAUAUCUGGUACUCUAAACGUGCUCUGAGUGUGAGGGCAGCUCUUGAUUUGCUCACUGAAGAACAGAUUGGACCCAACCGGCUACCAUCUUUUAAUUAUCCUUCAGACCACCUAUCUCUAGUGUGUGACUUCAGCUUUAAUGAGGAACCUGAUGGACUUUUAUAAAUGCUUGUCUUUUUAAUCACAAGAGUCUUAACCAGGGAUGUUUCAGGAAACUAAAAUAGGAUAAGAAGUUGCCCGAGGAAGGAUUCCCAGUUUCUUUUGUCAUUUUCCAUGUUUCCAGCAUGCCCUUGGGAAGGAAUCCCAUUAGUCCACAAACCUUUUCCAUUAAAACCUGCAGCAAAGAAGGUGUUUGCACUCCAGUUUUGGCUUGUAUUAUUUUCUUUCCCUUAGCAUUACAUUUGGAUCAUUUAAGGGCAUUAAAAAUGAGGCUUGUUUUGUAGCUUUUUCAGUUUAAGGAUGCUUUAUAAAAAUAGACUUGCUUGAGUCCUCCAUAAUUAGUAAGUAUACAGGAGCAAUUUCUCUAGAUAGCAUUUCAAGUUAUUUAUUUGUAGUUUUUAAAAUGUCAGCAAGAUAUGCAUGGCAAUAUUUAUUUUUUUAUAUUUUCAUAUAAGAUUAAAUAAAUAGAGCAUUGUGAAUGUUUUAAAACCAUGCAAAACAUAAGUUAUAGAGUAAUUUAUAGUGAUUUUCUUAAAUCUCUAAGAUCUUUUUAUUUGGGGUCUAACAAUAGUAGUGUAUAAAGGGACUAUGUAGCCUGACAGGGUUUUUUGUUUAUUUAAGUGGAAAUAUCAGGUCUCCUUGAUACUUUCUUCAUAAGUAAUCCUUGCUAUGCCUCCAUGUUCCCAUUAUUGUGUUUCUUAGAUUCCACAGUCUUCAUUAUUGAAUCACUGUUAGGCAUUUAUAGCUUUCCAUUGGAAUGCUAUGAUACACAUUGGAGGUCACUCAGUGUCUGUUUGUAUUGGACUGUGCUUUUCACACUAGGUUAUUUAGGAACUCUUAUGUGGCAGUAGCUAAGAAAGUAAGUGGGGCCUUCUUUUCAGAGAUAGGAAACUAGAAAGCCUAUUAAUGAGGCUAUUCUUAAAAUCUCCUAAGAGAGCCAAGUGGCUAGUUCAAAAUGUCUAGAAAGAAGAAUGUUAAAAAGUUAGAAAGAUAACUUGGAAUUCUCUUCCAUAAGAAAUAAAAGCGGUACAAGAUAACAGGUGAAGCCCCUUUCAAGCAAAAUCCCAACAAAUAACCUAUUGGUAAUAAAUUGAUAAAUACUUUAACCCAUGAGUUGUAAAUACUUAAGAAUAAUAAAUGAUCUUUUAAAGC